AUGGCUUCCACUCUUCAGUCCACCAGCUACUCCAAGGAGAAGUACGCUAGCAGUCUCCAGUCAGACACAAUCCUGGAGGGCACCAAAGAAUGCGAGGCCCAGGUUGCGUUUGAUUUGGCUGAGGCCGUGCCCGGCGGCAGACACAAAAAGGUCGAGCCCGGUGUUGCGCUUCCGCCUCUUUUCAGAACCAUGUCGCAUGAGGUCGACUAUUCCAAGAAGGGGAACUUGACCGACCCAAAAGUCAAGUUCGCCAAUGUCACCUACCACUGCGAAGACCCACACUGGAUUGCAGAGAGCUUCCACUCCAACCUCCAGACAGGUCUCAACGUGCAGGAGCACCAAGCCGCUGUGAAAAAAUACGGUGAAAACGUCCAAAGUCCUCCACCAAAGAAUAUCGCCAAGAAGCUGUUCAUGUACUUCUUUGGGGGUUUCGGUGCCUUGCUUCUUGUCGCUGGUAUUUUGUGCUGCAUCUGUUGGAAACCUUUGGGCGAACCAGCCCCAGCCGUUGCCAACUUGGCCUUGGGAAUUAUUCUUUUCGUUGUCUUCUUCCUGCAGGCAAUCUUCAACUUUCUUCAAGACUACUCCUCAUCUAACGUCAUGAAAUCCAUCAAUAAUUUGAUCCCAGCCGAAUGCUCUGUCUUCCGUGAUGGUUCUCUCAAAAUCGUCGAGGCCAAAGAAUUGGUUCCAGGUGACAUUCUCAGUCUCACUGCCGGAUCCAAACUUCCUGCAGACGUCAGAAUCUUUGAAUGCUCGAGUGACUUAUCGUUGGAUCGUGCUAUCUUGACCGGUGAGGCUGUUCCUCUCCAAGCUACCGCCAAAAACGAUUCCAAAGACUCAAACUAUUUGGAAAGUAGCCGUAUCGGUUUACAGGGUACUUUCAUUGUCAGUGGCUCAGGUAAAGGUAUCGUUGUUGCCACUGGUGAUAACACUGUUUUCGGCUCCAUUGCUAAGAUGACUUCGGAGCCAAAGAAAGGUUUGACCCCAAUCCAAAAGGAGAUCUUUAGGUUCGUGGCUAUUACUGCUUCAAUCAUCGUCUUUCUUGGUGUUUUGGUCAUUAUCUUGUGGGCAGCGUGGAUUCGCCGCAGCUACCCAAACUGGAUUCCUGUUGCUACUUUGAUUGUUGACAUCGUGUCUGUUGCAGUUGCCUUCAUCCCAGAAGGUCUUCCAAUUGCUUUGACCACGUGUCUUGUCAUCACUGCAUCUCAAAUGAAAAAAAAUAAAAUCUUGUGCAAGAGUUUAUCAACCGUUGAAUCUUUGGGCUCAAUCAGUGUCUUAUGCUUCGAUAAAACUGGUACUAUCACCAAAAACAAUAUGUCUGUCACUAAUAUCUCCAGAGGUGUGAAGGAAUUGAAUGUUCAAGAGUUGGGUGACGAAGAAGAUUCCGGAUCCACCGCCACUAACCACUUCCUUACCAUCUCCACCUUGUGUAACGACACUGCCAUUACCGUUUCAGGUGAUCUGACAGGUAACGCAACUGAUAAGGCUAUCUACAAAUUUUCAACAAAUGUUCAAUCUAAGUCUGAGCUAGAAAGCAAGUGGAAUACUGUUUUCGAACUUGCAUUUAACUCCAAGGAUAAAUAUAUGGCAAAGCUUGUUGAACCUGUCGAUAAAUCUACCAAUUCAGCCUUUGCUCAAGUUGGAAUCACAGAAGAAAUCGAUUCUGAACAUUCUGGUUUGUUGUUGGUUAAAAGUGCCCCAGAUAUCAUCCUAGAAAAAUGUAAGUAUGUUAUGACACCAAGUGACGAAGGUACCGAUUCAGUAGUCGAGGAAAUCAGCUAUGAGCUCGAGUCGCAAAUUGUUGAGAUCAAAAAUAGAUGGUCUGCUCAAGGUAAAAGAGUAAUUUUGCUUGCUUCCAUGGUUCUUGAUAAGCAUGAUUUAAACUUUGACGACGGUGCUAAUACUAGAGAAUUCAUUCAAGCAGAAAUUGCAAACGGUAACUUAUGCUUAGUUGGUUUAAUUGGAAUUCAAGAUCCCCCACGUAAAAACAUAGACAAGGUUAUUGACAAAUUGAGAGAUGCUGGUAUCAAGAUUGCCAUGAUUACCGGUGAUUUUGAGUUGACUGGUUUGGAAAUUGCAAGACAGGUUAACAUUGUUACUAAGCAAGUCGACAAGUAUAGUGACCUUGUUGACUUCAACGAGGACUCCUACAUCAGCCAUGAAGAUGAAGAAGAAGCCGAUUACAUUUUGAUCAACAAAAAGGAGCGUGUUAGAGUGAUAAAUCGUGCAUUGAGUCUAACAGGUAACGACAUAGAUGCUUUGAGUGAGUUUCAAUGGAGAAAUGUUGUUCGUUAUGCCGAAUUGGUUUGUACUCGUACCACUCCUGAACAUAAGUUAUUGAUCAUAAAGCAAUUCCAAAAAUAUGGUGCUAUUAUCGGUAUGACUGGUGAUGGUAUCAACGACUCUCCCUCUUUGAAGCAAGCUGAUGUUGGUAUUUCUUUGAUCGAUGCCUCGGAUAUUGCCAAGGAAGCUUCUGAUUUGAUUCUCAUGAACGACGAUGAAGAUGAAGAAGAUGCUUUGUUCAAUUCGAUCAUUGAAGCUUUGAAAUAUGGUCGUUUAGUUUUCGAAAAUUUGCGCAAAACUAUUGCCUAUUUGUUGCCAGCUGGUACAUUUGCCGAACUUUGGCCUGUGCUGUUGAACAUCAUUUUCGGUGUGCCACAGAUGCUUUCUUCAUUCAAUAUGAUCAUUAUUUGUUGUUUAACGGAUUGUGUUGGUGCGAUUUUCCUUGCCUACGAACCAAGUGAAAGCAACUUGCUCAAAAAGAAGCCAAGAAGCGUCAGCGGCGAGAGGUUGGUCGAUUACAAGCUUUUCUUACAUUCCUACUUCACCAUCGGUACCUUCUAUGCUUUCACCAGUUUCUUGGUUGCCUUCAUCAACUUGCAACGUCAUGGUUUUAAAUUCUCAGUGUUUGAUUUAAGUUAUGGCUCUUACAGCAACUUACCAAACGUCAACGAGUAUAUUAACAUGAGCUCUUCCAUCUACUUCGUCAACUUGGUUAUCAUGCAAUUCUUCAACUUGAUGGCCAUGCGGACAAGAUACUUGAGUUUUUUCCAGCUUGAUCUUUUGAAGGAUAACCGGUUCAUAUACUUUACUGUUCCAUUUGGGUUGGCAGUGACCUUCAUCAUCAACUACAUCCCAGCCAUCCAAAAUGCAUUGGGUACCAACCAAGUUCCUGUUGAAUACUACUUCAUUGCCCUUGGUUUUGGCUUGAUCGUCUUUUCUUACGAUGAAUUCCGUAAAGGCAUGGUCAGAAGAUAUCCAAAAGGGUUCUUUGCUAGAAUUGCUUGGUAA